GGGCGGCGGCCCACGUCUCGUGUGUCCGGCUGUGAGGUUGCGCUGGCGGGAUGUCUUUGCCGCGCUGGUGUGAUGAAGGGCGGUCCUUGCAUAGAGCGGUCGGCGGAGUAGUUUGAAGACCGCUAUGAAACCUCGUGGUGGUGAGGUUUAGUAUUAGCGGUCGGCGGUUGUAGCACAUGUAGGAACUUCAUUCUACCGGUAGACACUCUUGCAUACAUGCCGCUGAAGGCGGGUUCGAAGCUUGAUGGAGGUAAAUCAAUUUUCUUUUUAAUCUGAGACAGCUGCAUGAUAUGGGCCUUCGAAGGCGGUCUGCGGGCAUAAGCUUCAUUCCUAAGCGGGCUGAAUUUGGGUGGAACGUUGGGGGCGGCCCAAUGCUGUCCUGGUGGGCUGGUCUUGGAAACCAAGGCCGCGUUUGGUGGAGAAAUGCGGCUUUGAUCUUAGGUAUUGGCCGCCAGAUUGUCUUGGGAACGCUGCCUCUUUUUCUUUUUUUUUUAUGCCGAGUGUGACCUUGAUGUGACUUCUCUGUAGCAAGCAGACAAGAGUGAGAAAGCUUACAUGAGUGGCCUGAUGGUGACUGCGGCCAUUUUUUUUUUUUUUGCAACUUUUUCUUCUUUCCAGCUGCUGCUGUCUGUGGCUCACGGACGAAAGUCACUUUAUGGGGAAGAGGAAUUCAUCGGUGAGGAUGGGAACCGCCAGCGGUCGGAAUUUGGGGGAUUUCUUCUUCGGUUGGAUACAACUCCGACGCCGGGGGAGAUGAGCUGAUUGAAAAGCAGAUGGUGACUUUCCUCCGAUUUUUUCUCCCGAAUUUUGUGGUUGCUUUUUUCAUCGGACUGUGUCCUUGGACCCCAUUGAUGAUGGAUAUUGGAGAAGAAAUUGUUCCCGCCUUCCCAAUGGUUGUUCCCCUCCUCUGCUUGCCGAUAGCUUGUUGUUUCUUUUUGUUGUUGCGAGACGGUGAUGGAAGAAGAGCUAUUUUCUUCCCCUCUUUCAGAAAUCAAACGAAAGGAAUCCUAUAAUCUUUGUCCCACGGUGGGCGCCAAUUGUUUGAGCCUAGAAUGUACUAGGCGGUUAUGGGGCUCUGAUCUGGACUCCCUCGUCUGAUCUCCUCGGGAGUGGAAGAACCUGUGAGGCGGGGGGCGGCCCCCGGGACCUAUGCUCCGACGCCCAAGUUAGUACGAUAUAGGAGAGUGUAUGGUAUGUAGAGAGAUAAAGUAGAGAGAGAGACCUUAGGGGAAAGUGAGGAAAGGAGAAGAGAACAUCCCUAGUUUUGAGGGUUAGGACUCCUUAUAUAGGGUGUGGGCUUCCUUGAGUGGGCUUGGGCCCAGAACGCCUUGCGGUGAGCUUGGGUCUGUUUAUAGUCGUGUAGGCAUAUUAAUCCAUAUCCCAACAACAAGGGCUUACGCAAGUAACUGAAACUUUUUUUGGACAGGAAAGUAUCUUAAACUAACUGGUAAACUUUUCUGGACAUCAAAAUGUGAGAAUUUACACAUCCGGCCUUCACUUUUCCCAGCCACACAUCACAUGGUUAACUUAAACGAUGGAUGAUGCCACAGUUUGAACAGCUUGUGGCAGCUGAACACUCACUCACUGUCCCCAACCCCAGUAAAUACUAAAAAAGAAGAAAGGUUCCACAAGUUAUCAAGGUUUCAGAAAAGUAGUACUGAAACCAGCUUCACCAGUAUGGAUCCUAUAAGAUACAACACAGCACCUAGCUGCAAAAAAGUUUACAAAGGCUGCCUGGCAGUCAGAUAUUUGAACGUACGUUCUCAGCAUCUGUCAUCUUCUUCGUGAGUGCCAGAGUUUCCGAAGGCACGAAACUGAAGGCGAUCAAGAGACCCUGUCGAGGAGUCCACUUGAAUCGGAUGGUCAAAUUUACAUGCAGGACCAAACUUGCAGAUCCCAUAGCGACUGUAGUAAGCACAUACAUUCUGAUCCUGGAUUCAUGAUAAUAAAGGUAGGUAAGCGGUGGAAUGGUAGAGGAAAGACGGUAAAAUUCAAUCAGUGUUUGAGAACAGUGAUGGAUUUUGCCGUAGUUUAGAUGUUGGGUAGGCUUGCUUUGGCUAAAAAACGUGUCUGAAGAAACAAAUACGCUUCUUUGAUCUAGCUUUUUUAAACCAACUCAUUCAAAACCCUCAAUUCAUUUAGAUCUACAAGGCACCAUACUAUUAAAAUUUCAUACGGGCUCUGCGCAAAGAGCGACUCUAAAUGCACUUAACUUUUGCAAUGAACUAUAUAGGAUAAAGUGAACUUACAGGUCUCAAUGGCAGGCCCUUAUCACUAAGAAUACAGGAAGGCGAUUUCGUGAUCCGAGUUUUAGGAUGAUUGAACUUGCAGUUGCCCUUAAACUUGCACCCCCCAGUUUUCAAGAAAUAACUGCAAUCCGGUUGACCAGGCCUCUCUGGGUACUCAUCUACUACCAUCGGUUGUUGCUGACGACCGUAAAUAUUGGUUCCUAUCGCAGGGUUGAUCAUGAAAUAUGGCAUAUGAGAAGGAGCCAUACCUUGCUCUGGCGGUGGAUAUACAGGAGCCUUGACAAGCCACAAAAAGAGAAUGUACAGACAAAUAUUAAGACGAGCAUUCUUUCAAAAAUAAAAGAAUGCACAGGGU